AUGGAGGCCACAGAGAAGCUGCUUAUCCUUGCCUUGCACCCAGAGUGCUCCCUGGUGGCCACGGGCCAGGUGGGGAAGGACCCCUAUGUGUGUGUGUGGGACUCGUUCACCGUGCAGACUGUCUCGCUGCUCCGCGACGGACACACACAUGGCAUCGCCUGCCUCGCCUUCAGCUCUGACGGACAGCGGUUAGCCUCGGUCGGCCUGGACGCCAAGAACACGCUGUGUAUCUGGGACUGGAAGAGAGGGAAGAUCCUGGCUACAGCCACCGGACACUCGGACAGGAUCUUCGAUGUCAGCUGGGAUCCAUUUCAGCAGAACCGUCUGGUUAGUUGUGGAGUCAAACACAUUAAGUUCUGGUCCCUUUGUGGUAAUGCUCUCACUCCAAAGAGAGGGAUAUUCGGGAAGACGGGCGACCUGCAGACCAUCCUGUGUGUGGCGUCGGCCAAAGAUGACCUGACGUACUCCGGGGCGCUCAACGGGGACAUUUACGUCUGGAAGCUACUCAACCUGAUCCGAACCGUUCAGGCUGCACACGGGGCCGGUAUCUUCAGCAUGUAUUCCUGUGAGGAGGGUUUCGCCACAGGAGGCAGAGACGGCUGCAUCCGACUGUGGGACGCCGACUUCAAACCGAUUACCAAGAUCGAUCUGCGAGAGGCCGAGCAGGGAUACAAAGGUCUGUCUAUUCGCAGUGUGUGCUGGCGGGCCGACCGGAUCCUGGCAGGAACGCAAGACAGCGAGAUCUUUGAGGUGAUGGUGAGGGAUCGGGACAAGCCGCUGCUGAUCAUGCAGGGCCACAGCGAGGGCGAGCUCUGGGCGCUCGACGUUCACCCCAAAAAACCUCUGGCUGUCACCGGCAGCGACGACCGCUCCGUCAGGUUGUGGAGUCUGGUGGAUCACGCCCUCAUCGCUCGCUGCAACAUGGAGGAGGCGGUGCGCAGCGUGGCGUUCAGCGUAGACGGAUACCAGCUGGCUCUGGGCAUGAAGGACGGCUCCUUCACUGUGCUGAGAGUCAGAGACAUGACGGAGGUCGUUCACAUCAAAGACAGGAAGGAGGUGAUCCACGAGAUGAAGUUCUCUCCGGACGGAGCGUACCUCGCCGUCGGCUCCAACGACGGACUCGUGGACAUCUACGCUGUCGCCCAGAGAUACAAGAAGGUCGGAGAAUGCUGUAAAUCCGUCAGCUUCAUCACACACCUGGACUGGUCUCUGGACAGCAAAAUCCUGCAGAGCAACGACGGAGCGGGACAACGCCUCUUCUACCGAAUGCCCAUGGGGAAGCCGGUCUGUAAGGAGGAGAUGAAAGGUCAGUGCUGGGCGUCCUGGAGUGGCGUCCUGGGCUCAGAGGUGGUGGGGAUCUGGCCUAAAUACUCCCGUCUGACCGAGAUCAACGCCGUGGACGCCAACCACGCUGCUGCUGUGCUGGUCACCGGGGACGACCUCGGCCUCGUUAAGCUCUUCCGCUUCCCCAGUCUGAGGAAAGGAGCAAAAUUCAAGAAGUACAUCGGUCACUCGGCCCAUGUCACCAACGUGCGCUGGUCACAUGACCUGCAGUGGGUGCUGACCACCGGUGGGGCCGACCACGCCCUCUUCCAGUGGAGGUUUCUGCCGGAGUCGGUCAUGAACGGAGGACCGGAUACCAACAUACAAGAAAGUCACGGGGACUCCAACAGCGAGGAAUCGGACAGCGACGUGUCGGACGUCCCCGAGCUGGACUCAGACAUCGAGCAGGAAACACAGAUCCACUACGACAGACAGGUGUAUAAGGAGGACCUGCCUCAGUUGCAGCAGCAGAGCAGAGAGAAGAAACAGCAGGUGGGAUCUCUGAAGAGACAGAGAGGACCGGACCAGGGCCUCCGGCUGCAGUUUGUGCACGGGUACCGUGGUUACGACUGCAGGAACAACCUGUUCUACACUCAGGGCGGCGAGGUGCUGUACCACGUGGCGGCGGUGGGCGUGGUCUACAACCGGCAGCAGCACAGCCAGCGCUUCUACCUGGGCCACGACGACGACAUCCUGAGCCUCGGCAUGCACCCGCUCAAAGACUACGCUGCCACGGGACAGGUGGGCCGGGACCCCGCCGUCCACGUGUGGGACGUCCAGACUCUCAAGUGUCUCUCGUUGCUCCGAGGUUUCCACCAGAGAGGAGUGUGUGCUCUGGACUUCUCAGCUGAUGGAAAGAGUCUGGUGUCAGUGGGGGUGGAUGACGGACAUUCGAUCGUCGUCUGGGACUGGAAGAGAGGAGAGAAACUCCUUUCGUGCAGGGGUCAUAAGGAGAAGAUCUUUGUGGUGAAGUGUAAUCCCUUACUGAUGGACAAACUGGUCACUGUGGGAAUCAAACACAUCCAGUUCUGGCAACACGCAGGUGGCGGUCUGACCUACCGGCGCGGUGCGUUCAGGGGCGCCGGCCGGCCCGAGACCAUGAUGUCGGUGUGCUACGGCCGCGCUGAGGCGCUGGUGUUCUCUGGCGCCGCCACCGGAGACAUUUACAUCUGGAAGGAAACGCUGCUGCUGAAAACUGUCAAAGCUCACGAUGGACCGGUGUUCGCCAUGUUCUCCCUCGACAAGGGCUUUGUGACGGGGGGGAAGGAUGGCGUGGUGGAGCUGUGGGACGACAUGUUUGACCGCUGUCUCAAGUCCUACGCCAUCAAGAGAGCGGCGCUGUCCCCGGGCUCCAAAGGCCUGCUGCUGGAGGACAACCCCUCCAUCAGGGCCAUCACUCUGGGUCACGGUCACAUCCUGGUAGGAACGAAAAACGGAGAAGUUAUUCUAGUGGUGCAGGGCCACAUGGAGGGUGAGGUCUGGGGUCUGGCCCCCCACCCCCUCCUCCCCGUCUGCGCCACCGUCAGCGACGACAGGACGCUGCGACUGUGGGAGACGUCGGCCAAUCACCGCAUGGUGGCCGUACGCAAGCUGAAGAGAGGCGGUCGCUGCUGUGCCUUCUCCCCUGAUGGGAAGGCGUUGGCGGUCGGUCUUAGCGAUGGCGGCGUGCUGGUGGUAAACGCCGACACGCUGGAGGAUCUGGUGAGCUUCCACCAUCGCCGCGACGCCAUCUCUGAUGUUCGCUUCACCCCAGACUCAGGUAAAUUUCUGGCAGUGGCGUCCCACGACAGCUUCGUGGACAUCUACAACGUGCUGAGCAGUAAGAGAGUGGGCAUCUGUAAAGGAGCGUCCAGUUACAUCACACACAUCGACUGGGACGCCCGAGGUAAACUUCUGCAGGUGAACACAGGAGCCAAAGAGCAGCUUUUCUUCGAAGCCCCGAGAGGAAGAAGACAAACUAUCCGAAACUCUGAGCUGGAGCGGGUGGACUGGUCCAGCUGGACGUGCGUCCUCGGUCCGAGCUGUGAGGGGAUCUGGCCGACCCACAGCGACAUCACCGACGUCAACGCCGCCUCGUUAACCAGGGACCAAACGCUGCUCGCCACUGGAGACGACUUUGGCUUCCUCAAACUGUUCGCCUACCCCGUCCGGGGUCAGUACGCUCGUUUUAAGCGCUACGUGGGCCACAGCUCCCAGGUAACCAACGUCCGCUGGGCGCAGGACGACUCCACCCUGCUGACGGUGGGCGGGGCCGACACCGCCCUGAUGAUCUGGGCGAGGGAGAGAGGAAGUGUUGUCGGCGGAGACGGGGAGGCGCCUUUGUGUCGCGACAACCGGCCGCCCGUGGACAGCGAGGAGUCGGAAGACGACGCCGAGGAGGACGGAGGCUACGACAGUGACGUUGCCCGGGAGAAGACGGUGGACUACCCCACUAAAAUGAACGCUGUCAGCAUGAGAGACAUGAGAGGAACCAAACCUCACCAACAGCUGAAGGAGGUGUCGAAUGAGGAGAGGCAGGGCAUUGUCAAGCCUCCUGUGAGUCGAGCGGCGCCACAGCCGGAGAAACUCCAGAAGAACAACGUCUCCAAGAAGAAGAGACUGGUGGAGGACCUGGUUUUGGAUCAUGUCUUUGGUUUUCGGGGCUUUGAUUGUCGCAACAACCUGCACUACCUCAACGACGGCACCGACAUUGUCUACCACACUGCCGCCACCGCCAUCGUCCACAGUCUCAGCAACGGAACUCAGAGUUUCUACCUGGAGCACACUGACGACAUCCUCUCUCUGACCGCCAACCAGCACCCGAAAUACAAGAAUACCAUCGCCACCGGACAGAUCGGUGACGCCGGUGAACUGCCAGGCACCACUCCGUGCAUCCACGUGUGGGACGCGAUGAGCAAACAGACGCUGUCCAUCCUGCGCUGCCCCCACACCAAAGGCGUGGGCUACGUUAACUUCAGCGCAACGGGGAAGCUGCUGCUGUCUGUCGGAGUGGAUGCUGAACACACCAUGACUGUGUGGCGCUGGCAGGAAGGAUCCAAGGUGUGCAGUAAAGGCGGACACCCGGACCGGAUCUUCGUGGUGGAGUUUCGGCCGGACUCAGACUCCCAGUUCGUUUCGGUGGGAAUCAAACAUGUGAAGUUCUGGACGCUGGCCGGCGGCGCUCUGAUGUACAAGAAGGGCGUGGUGGGAACGGUGGAGGACGGCCGGAUGCAGACCAUGCUGUCUGUCGCCUUCGGUGCUAAUAACUUGACGUUCACCGGAGCCAUUAACGGGGACGUGUACGUGUGGCGGGAUCACUACCUGCUGAGAGUGGUGGCGAAGGCUCACACCGGGCCGGUCUUCACCAUGUACACCACGCUGAGAGACGGACUCAUCGUCACCGGCGGCAAGGAGAGGCCGACUAAGGAGGGUGGUGCGGUGAAGCUCUGGGAUCAGGAGAUGAAACGUUGUCGAGCCUUCCAGCUGGAGACGGGGCAGCAGGUGGAGUGCGUCCGAUCUGUCUGCAGAGGCAAGGGUAAAAUCCUCAUAGGGACGAAGGACGGCGAGAUCAUCGAGGUCGGAGAGAAGAACGCGGCGUGCAACCUGCUGCUGGACAGUCAUGCUGGGGGGGGGGUCUGGGGUCUGACCGCUCAUCCUGCUAAAGAGCUCUGCAUCACGGCCAGCGACGACGCCACCAUCCGGCUGUGGGACCUCACCGACAAGAAACUGUUGAACAAGGUGUGUGUGGGCCACGCAGUGCGGUGUGUGAGCUACAGCGCCGACGGAGAGAUGCUGGCUGUGGGGAUGAAGAACGGAGAGUUCCUCCUCCUCCUCGCCAAUACGAUGAAGAUGUGGGCGAAGAAACGAGACCGCAGCGUCGCCAUCCAGGACAUCCGGUUCAGUCCCGACCGGCGGCUGUUGGCGGUCGGUUCGGUGGAGAACACGGUGGAUGUUUACGAUGUGAGCGGAGGGCCGAGUCUGAACCGGCUGGUUUACUGCAGCGAUAUCCCCGCCUUCAUCCUGCAGCUCGACUUCUCCGCUGACAGCUCCUAUAUACAGGUGUCUACAGGAGCUUAUAAACGGCAGGUGUUUGCCGUUCCUUCGGGGAAGUUGGUCAUUGACCAGACCAUCAUAGACAGAAUCACCUGGGCAACCUGGACCAGCAUUCUGGGAGAUGAAGUUUUGGGGAUUUGGCCGCGAAACGCCGAUAAGGCCGAAGUCACCUGUGCGUGCGUGUCUCACGCCGGCCUGAACAUCGUCAGCGGCGACGACUUUGGAUUGGUCAAACUGUUUGACUUCCCCUGCACAGAGAAGUUUGCCAAACACAAGCGCUACCUCGGCCACUCGCCUCACGUGACCAACAUCCGCUUCUCCCACGAAGACAAAUACGUGAUCAGCACAGGAGGAGACGACUGCAGCGUGUUUGUGUGGAAAUGCGUGUAAACGCAGAGACUUCCACCGUCUGGUGACGCUUUUUCUCCAAAGCGCCUUAACAGCACCACAAGUGGAUCCAGGGGGGGGGGAAUCGAACCCACAACCUCCAACCUUCGUUUUAAGGAGAUCGAUGCAGAUGGAAGACGACUCGCUGUUGUAGCGACACAAAGUCGACUUCAGUGCUGACACGUUUGGAUCCUGUUCGACUGAGACGCUUUAUGAUGGAUUUCGUGAGCCUGAGCUGGAACGAAGGAAGAGUCGGAAAAGAACCUUGGACUUUUUCUCGGUCUGAACUUUUCUUUCAUUUGGAUUCACAACUGCCCAAUCAGAAGCCAGCGAGUGACUCGAUACGACUCUGCCACAGUGGAGGGGAGAGGUUUAAAGGGGCACUAUGCAGUUUUGGCAAUUUCUUCGCUGUUUUCUCACUUUUUGCUGGCAGGUUUCUCUAUAGAGCUCCCCCUACAUCUUCGGAAAAUAGAUAUUUGGCAACACUGUCGUAAAAACUCAUUGGCAACCAAGUCCACUGAGGUAGACAGCUAGUAAGCCCGUAACAGACAGCGAUCAUAAUAAAAACCUUUACAGACAAUAGCAAACAUCCUGAGGUCACAUUAACAAGAAAUACAAAGAUUAAACUGUUAAGGAUAAUUUCCGUGCGCACAGAGAAAAUAAAACACAGAGAAUGGUUACUAGUGAUAUAUUGCAAAGGUUUUAUGUAAUUAAUUAAAAUUAAUUGCAGGGGAGCUACAAAGCAAAGGUGUCAUUCAGUUUCACACACAGAAACACAUUGAAUAUAUAUAGUGGUUGCAAGUGUAGAAGCCUACGCUUAUUGGAAAGCAGCCAAAUGAAUAUUUUUACAAGCCAAUGACAAGGUUUCUUAACAAUUUCCAGUAGCCAAUAGCAAGCUUUUAAAUGUCUUGAGUCAAGUUUAGCUUGUCCUUCAAACAUUCUGACAUAUUGUCUUCUUCAAUGACAAGCUGCAACAUACAGAUUUUAUAAAUAGUCUCAAGCCUCUCUACAGCUCAUCAAUCAGUGAGACAAAAACCCUUUACAUAGGUAAUCUGACUGCACCCAAUGUCAUAGCUCAUACAACAGUGAGACAGUUUUGAACAGAUGCAUUCAGAGAAAUGUUGAAAUGAUUAACAAAACUUGAAGGAACAUGAUUUUUCUUUAACAAAACUGAGUUUAUCCCAAAGAUACUUACAAGUGCAACAGCAAGAACGCCAGGUCAGCAUCGGAUCUGCACGCUUCUGUUUGUCUCAGUUCUCGCCGUUCUGAAAACGCAGCUCCUAUGUUUACUCG